UCAUCCCAUCUUAUUCGAAUCUUCCUACAAACCAAAGCAACCAACAUCUUUUUCGCAUCUCAUCCAAUCUUCGUACAAACCAAACCAACUAAUAUGAGAUUGACUGCAUCUGAAUUCCAACAUUUUAUUCUUCUAGGAAACAUCAAAUGUGAUUUUGCCCCUUCACCUUUCCUAGAAUUUCCUUGUUUUUUAUACCCUUAUUUUUAUUUUUGUUGAAGCCAAUAGAAUUUGCUUGGUUAAGCGUUGCAAGAUUUAUCUACCCUACGUCAUGUGAAGUCAAAGCUCGAAGCCAUUGGUUGAACGUUGAAGCACAUGGGCUCCACACCUGAGCCACCGCCAGUUCAAUCAUCAAUGCCAGUGACAGCCCGGCUGGACAUCAGUGGGAUCCACCGGAAAAAGGCAAAAUCGAUUUAGGUAACCUGUAACCGGACGACUGAAUAAUCUUAAUUAGUAGUUAACACUAAUUAUGAAAACAUUUAGUCAAUUUAUUUCGGUAAACAGUUACCAUAUCUUUCCUUAAUCAUGAUGAAAGCAACAUUUCUCACUUCUCACAAGUCACAAUUCACAACUCGCAAUCCGCAAGAUACAGAAACGCGUUUCUACUACAGUUGAGUUGAUAUACAGCUCAGAAUCUGGAAUUGGGCGCGGUCAUCAUCUAAUUCUAUUUCCUUUACCCAAAACGAAAGCAUCUUUUUGAGAGCUCCGUGGAAAGGAAGAUCAAAAGAUCUCUUGAAACAAGAGGAAAAAAAAUUAAAAUUAAAAUGGUGCCGAAUCGCUGCUUGUCUGCAGCUCUGUUGUUCCUCCUUUGGAUGGGCUUGGCUGAUUCUUCGAGCUUCAUUUCAGAUAAUGUCUUUGAUUGUCACGGAUCUACCGGUCGGAACCUCCUUCAGGCGAAAAAAAGUUGCCCCGUGAACUUUGAGUUCCUGAACUACUCAGUAAUAACAAGCCAGUGCAAAGGGCCCAAGUACUCUCCAAAUCUCUGUUGUGGAGCUUUUAAGGAGUUUGCAUGCCCCUAUGCAGUGGAGUUGAAUGACUUGACCAAUGAUUGUUCAUCGACCAUGUUCAGCUACAUUAACCUCUAUGGGAAAUAUCCCCCUGGCCUUUUUUCCAGCGAGUGUCGUGAAGGAAAGGAAGGGCUAGCAUGCCCUUUAGCACCUGAGGUAUCUCCUAAUGAUGCAAUCAGAGGUCAGAUUGGUCUAACUGUAUUUCCACUCUUAGUUCUUAUAAGCUCAAUCCUCAUGUUUCUAUUCCAAAUGUUGUGAAGCCCAGAUGUUAAUAUCAUUCAGAUGGUGCUUGUUUGUUCUUGAAAACUUUAUGGUUUUCUUGAGCCAGUCAAUGUUGUACUACUUUGUGUAUCAAACAGCUUUAAAUUCCACAUUCUUUAAUCAAGAUAACCCCAAAAAGUAUUAUUUCUAAUA